AGGAACUCGCCCUGCGAUUUAUUCACUAGGCUAAACAGGAUGCAUUAGUUUGAGUCUUGGGAAUGCCUAUGAAGAACUCUUUCUCCAUUCUCUGAGAUUAACUGAAUUUUUCUCCUCAAAGCGAGAGGUAUUUUAAAAUUAAUGAUAUUGGCGGGAUGAUGCGUGUACUGAUUCUGAUGUUGUCCUUUUUUAUCGCUGACGGAACUCACCGGGUGAUCCCAACCUGCACAGCCGAGGCUUGCUUCACAUUGCAUUUGAAAGAAAAGGAUUUUGAAAAAGCUUCUAAUAUCUGUGUCAAUAAUGGUGGCAAUUUGGUUACUAUGAGAAAUGACAAUGAAUUUCAGAGCGUUAAAUCGGCUCUUCUAGCAGCAGAAGACAGCAUCCUUAACUCUAAACUUUGGAUCGGACUUGCGUUGCUAAAAGGAAGCUGCACGGAUUUCACUGAGGAGUUGCACGGCUUCAGAUGGACGACAGACCCAAAAGAGUCCAAAUAUUCCAAAUGGAAAAAGAAACCUUUGAGCACGUGCACGGAAAAAAGGUGCGUGUCGAUUUCGCUGGCUGAUGAUCUCAAGUGGACAGAUGGCUCAUGUAAAGAAAGUGCAUUUUAUAUAUGUAAAUUUCUUUCCAAAGGCAUGUGCAAACCUAUAGUGAUGGAAAAACCAGGUGUUGUCAAGUAUAUUCUUCCGUUCUUAGACAAACCGCAAACUCAAAGAGAAAAGUUGGCGAUGAUACCACACGGGACAUGGGCUGAAAUACUGUGCGGCGGGUCGAAAGAUGCAGAAUCCUUUAUCUCAGUUUGUGACAACAAAGAUGGCAUUUUUGCCUGGACAAAUUCAGAGCGUUUUUGCGCUCGAGAUAAUAGAAGUUGUGCGCGUAAAAACGGAGGCUGUGAUCACCUUUGUUCGGAGACUGUUGGAGCAAGUGUUCGUUGUGAAUGUCGUGACGGUUAUUAUCUGAUGGAUGAUCAAGUUAGUUGCGCUCUCAGAAACACCUGCGAAAAUUCACCGUGCAAAUCAAAGUGUAUUCCAACAGCUGCUGGAUUUUCAUGCGCAUGCGCGGAUGGAUCUCAGCUGUCUGAAGACAACAUCAGCUGCGUUGAUAUCGAUGAAUGUCAUCAGCGUGUCUGCGGUGAACACAGGUGUCACAACACGCCGGGAAGCUUUCUUUGUGAGUGUAACCCAGGUUUCAGGCUCUUUGCUGGCAAAUGUGAAGACGUGGACGAAUGCACCGAAUCAAGGUGUCAGCAGGGCUGUCUCAAUUCACAGGGUUCAUUCUCUUGUUACUGCCACGCAGGUUACGUUUCAUUAUCAGACGAUAGAGGGAUAUGUACAGAUAUAGAUGAAUGUCUUGGUAAACCAUGUGAAGACAUCUGCCUCAAUACUAUAGGUAGUUUCAAAUGUUCGUGCAGAGAAAACUUCAUUUUGGCUAAAAAUGGCAUCAGCUGCGUCCCGGAUCCCACUGAGAAUCCACAAAACACUCCAUCUCCAGUUCAUAGAGAAGAGUUCAUCACUAAAUUGAGUCAUUUACCUGUCAGUUUUGAGUCGACAACAAUCAACCCCCCUCUACUUAACAAGACAAACGCUAAAGCGGACACCACUAAACGCAGAGAAAGUUUCCUCGGUAGUUCUUGGAUAUUGGUGUGCGUCUUAGCUUCGGUUAUUACACUGGUUGCGCUCACUGUGGUCAUAUCUGUCGUUUUAUGGAAGCGUUCAAAAAAAGCCACUUUGAAAAAUACCACCGCUGACAACUACUGCUGGGUUUCAUCUGGAUUGGACAAAGAACGGAAAAAAAGCAACAUUAAACUGAAUAAUUAA